GCCCCCCGGGGUCCCCUUGGCUUCCUCCUCCUCCUCCUCCUCCUUGUCGUGGAGCUGGAGCAGAGGAGGACUUCUUGGAUCGGCGUUGGCUCCUCCUCCUCCUCCUCCGUUGCUACCUGUGCCGCCUCCAUCUCUCUUCGCAGAAGAAGCUCCUCAGCAGCCGCCGCCGCCGAGGGGAAGAGGAGGAAGAAGAGGAAGGCAGCAGGCACUCCUUUCCCCCAAAAGGAAGGAUGAGCAUCAAAAGCAGCCUUAGCCUCAGCAGCAGCGAUUCGAAUUAAGAAAGGACUCCUUGCAUCAGGCUCUCCAUCCUCCGAGGCGCCUUCGGAGGAGCAUCCUUUGGGCAAGGAAGGCUGAGGAGCAUCGGAUCGCCUCCCUCCUGCUGCUCCUCCUGCUCCUCCCGAUCCUUGGAAGGGAGGCCAGGGGUGGGUGGGGGGGAGGGUCGCCGGUGAAGAAGAGCCUUGGAAGGGACUCCAGCCGCCUGGCCGAGUGAGGCCGGCCUUGGGCGCUUCUCCUCCUCCUCCUCCUCCUCCUCCUCCUCCUUCUUCUUCUUCCCCGCCGGACGGCACUAUGGCCGGGGAUGGCUUGCACCUCGGGCGGCGGCAGCUGGGCGGGCAGCGGCAGGAGCUCUCCGGAGCCCCGGCGGCGUGCCUUGCCCGCUGUUAGCCAUGGCAAAUGGCAGUGGAGGCGGCGGAGGAGGCGGCGGAGGAGGAGGAGGCGGCGGCGGAGGCAGCGGUAGUAGCUACUACUCCGGCGGAGGUGGUGGUGGAGGAGGAGGAGGAGGUGGAGGAGGAAGCAGCAGCAGCAGCGGCGGCGGGAGCAGCAGCAGCGGCAACAUUAGGAUGAGCAGCCCCCUAAGCGGCAGCGGGAGCAGCCUCAACGCCGACUCGUCCUCGGCCCCGGCCCGGCCCUCCAACGCCCUGAUCAUCCCCAUCACCAUGGAAGUGCCCUGCGACAGCGGGCAGCGCAUGUGGUGGGCCUUCCUGGCCUCCUCCAUGGUCACCUUCUUCGGGGGGCUCUUCAUCAUCCUCCUCUGGAGGACCCUCAAGUACCUGUGGACCGUCUGCUGCCACUGCGGGGCCAAGGAGAAGGAGGCCCAGAAGAUAAAUGUCAGUGCAGAACCCCAGGCGGAUGGGGACUUGAAACCCACAGAUGAGAAAGAGGAAACCGUAGCAGCAGAAGUGGGCUGGAUGACCUCUGUUAAAGACUGGGCAGGGGUGAUGAUUUCAGCCCAAACUUUAACUGGCAGAGUCCUUGUUGUUUUAGUCUUCGCUCUUAGUAUUGGUGCUCUUGUAAUAUACUUCAUAGAUUCGUCAAACCCAAUAGAAUCUUGCCAGAAUUUCUACAAAGAUUUCACGUUACAGAUAGACAUGGCUUUCAACGUGUUCUUCCUGCUCUACUUUGGUUUGCGUUUCAUAGCAGCCAACGACAAGCUGUGGUUCUGGCUGGAAGUAAACUCAGUGGUAGAUUUCUUCACAGUCCCUCCAGUGUUUGUUUCAGUGUAUUUAAACAGAAGUUGGCUGGGUUUAAGAUUUUUACGAGCUCUUAGACUGAUACAGUUCUCAGAAAUUUUGCAGUUUCUGAAUAUCCUUAAAACAAGUAAUUCCAUCAAGUUGGUGAAUCUGUGCUCAAUAUUUAUUAGCACAUGGCUGACAGCAGCUGGAUUUAUACAUUUGGUGGAGAACUCAGGGGAUCCAUGGGAAAACUUCCAAAAUAACCAAGCGCUUACAUAUUGGGAAUGUGUUUAUUUACUAAUGGUUACUAUGUCCACUGUUGGUUAUGGAGAUGUUUAUGCAAAAACAACCCUUGGUCGCCUUUUCAUGGUCUUCUUCAUCCUCGGGGGAUUGGCCAUGUUUGCCAGCUACGUCCCUGAAAUCAUAGAGUUAAUAGGAAACCGCAAGAAAUAUGGUGGUUCCUAUAGUGCGGUUAGUGGAAGAAAGCACAUUGUUGUCUGUGGCCACAUAACAUUGGAAAGUGUGUCCAACUUCCUGAAGGACUUCCUGCACAAGGACAGGGAUGAUGUGAACGUAGAAAUCGUCUUUCUGCAUAAUAUCUCCCCUAACCUUGAGUUGGAAGCUCUUUUUAAACGACACUUCACUCAGGUGGAAUUUUUUCAGGGUUCAGUUCUCAAUCCGCAUGACUUGGCUAGAGUAAAGAUAGAGUCAGCAGACGCGUGCCUAAUCCUUGCCAACAAAUACUGCGCUGACCCAGAUGCUGAGGAUGCCUCCAAUAUUAUGAGAGUAAUUUCCAUAAAGAAUUAUCAUCCAAAAAUAAGAAUAAUUACCCAGAUGCUGCAGUAUCACAACAAGGCCCAUCUGCUGAAUAUCCCAAGCUGGAAUUGGAAGGAAGGGGAUGAUGCAAUCUGCCUUGCAGAGCUCAAGCUGGGCUUCAUCGCCCAGAGCUGCCUGGCACCAGGCCUAUCGACAAUGCUGGCCAACCUCUUUUCCAUGAGGUCAUUCAUAAAGAUUGAAGAAGAUACGUGGCAGAAAUACUACCUGGAAGGAGUUGCUAAUGAAAUGUAUACAGAGUAUCUUUCUAGUGCCUUUGUCGGUCUGUCAUUCCCUGCUGUUUGUGAACUGGUUUUUGCGAAGUUAAAGCUCUUAAUGAUAGCCAUAGAAUACAAGUCGGAAAAACGGGAAAGCAGAAGCCGAAAGCGUAUAUUAAUCAAUCCUGGAAACCAUGUGAAGAUUCAAGAGGGUACUUUAGGAUUCUUCAUUGCAAGCGAUGCCAAAGAAGUAAAAAGGGCAUUUUUUUACUGCAAGGCCUGUCACGAUGACAUCACAGAUCCCAAAAGGAUAAAAAAAUGUGGCUGCAAACGACUGAUCUAUUCCAAGAUGUCCAUCUACAAGAGAAUCAAACUGGCAUGUUGUUUUGAUUGCGGACGCUCUGAGCGUGACUGCACUUGCAUGUCAGGCAGUGUGCAUAGUAACAUGGACACCCUUGAGAGAGCCUUCCCACUUUCUUCUGUCUCUGUUAAUGAUUGCUCCACCAGUUUACGUGCCUUUGAAGACGAGCAGCCGACGACGCUGUCGCCCAAAAAGAAGCAGCGAAAUGGAGGCAUGAGAAAUUCACCCAACUCCUCGCCCAAGCUGAUGCGACAUGAUCCCUUAUUAAUACCUGGCAAUGAACAAGUAGACAACAUGGACUGCAAUGUGAAAAAAUAUGAUUCUACAGGAAUGUUUCAUUGGUGUCCUGCCAAGGAAAUUGACAAAGUUAUUUUGACCCGCAGUGAAGCAGCCAUGACAGUGUUAAGUGGCCAUGUGGUCGUCUGCAUUUUUGGAGACAUGACAUCAGCACUGAUUGGACUAAGAAACUUUGUGAUGCCAUUAAGAGCCAGUAACUUCCACUACCAUGAGCUCAAGCACAUUGUGUUUGUGGGAUCCCUUGAAUAUCUGAGAAGGGAAUGGGAGACAAUGCACAACUUCCCCAAGGUCUCAAUCUUGCCUGGUACACCAUUAAGUCGAGCUGAUUUAAGGGCUGUCAACAUCAACCUCUGCGACAUGUGCGUAAUCCUGUCAGCCAAUCAGAAUAAUAUUGAUGAUACUUCGCUGCAGGACAAGGAAUGCAUCUUGGCGUCACUCAACAUCAAGUCUAUGCAGUUUGAUGACAGCAUUGGGGUCUUGCAGGCUAAUUCCCAAGGAUUUUCACCACCAGGAAUGGACAGAUCAUCGCCAGAUAAUAGCCCAGUUCAUGGCCUCCUACGCCAACCCUCCAUUACAACAGGAAUUGAUAUCCCUAUUAUAACAGAAUUAGCUAAGCCUGGCAAACUUCUGCCUUUGGUUUCAAUCAGUCAGGAAAAAAACAGUGGAACUCACAUUCUAAUGAUAACUGAACUGGUGAAUGAUUCAAAUGUUCAGUUUCUGGACCAAGAUGAUGAUGAUGAUCCUGAUACAGAACUGUAUCUCACACAGCCUUUUGCAUGUGGAACUGCAUUUGCCGUCAGUGUGUUGGAUUCCCUCAUGAGUGCAACAUACUUCAAUGACAAUAUUCUCACACUGAUACGUACUUUGGUAACCGGAGGAGCCACACCGGAGCUAGAGUCGCUUAUUGCUGAGGAGAAUGCACUAAGGGGAGGCUACAGCACACCCCAGACCCUCGCCAACAGGGACAGGUGUCGGGUGGCCCAGCUGGCUUUGCUAGAUGGGCCUUUUGCAGACCUUGGGGAUGGUGGCUGUUACGGGGAUCUGUUUUGUAAAGCUUUGAAAACAUACAAUAUGCUUUGCUUUGGAAUAUACCGAUUGAGAGAUUUCAAUCAAAGCACGCCUAGCCAAUGCACCAAGCGUUUUGUAAUAGCCAAUCCACCUUAUGAGUUUGAACUUGUGCCGACAGACUGGAUCUUCUGUUUGAUGCAGUACGACCACAAUGCUGGCCAGUCCCGGGCUAGUCUCUCCCAUUCUUCCCAUUCCUCUUAUACAUCUAGCAAGAAAAGCUCAUCGGUUCAUUCUAUCCCAGCAACUGCAAACCGUCAGAACCGCACUAAGACCAGGGACUCCCGGGAAAAGCAGAAUGCGACAAGGAUGAAUAGAAUGGGCCAAGCAGAAAAGAAAUGGUUUACAGAUGAGCCAGAAAAUGCCUACCCCAGAAACAUUCAAAUCAAGCCCAUGAGCACACACAUGGCCAAUCAGAUCAAUCAGUAUAAGUCUACAAGCAGCUUGAUACCACCUAUCAGAGAAGUUGAAGAUGAAUGUUGACUCGCAGAAGGCCAGAACAUUUUUUUAAAAAACAGAGAAAAACAAACAAACAAACUGACAGACUUCAUGAAUGGUGAUGUGACAUUUAUUCCUCUUUCAUGCUGAACCACUGGCGGAAAAAGUUACAGAAGGCAAGUGUUUGCCAGAACGCAAAGUAGACAGAAUUUUGUUUGUCUGCCUUUAAUAUUUGCUUCCAUGUAUUUUGGAAACUUAUUUCAUUUAUAAAAGAACAUAAUCAAAGCCGUCAUGUAUAGCCUCUAGCGUUUUAAAUUAUUUUUAUUUAUUAGAAAGAAAAUAUAUUUUUUUCUUUAUUUCAUUGUCAAGUAUUUUCCCUUAACAAAACAGCUGCAAAUGUGGCCAGACUCCAAGAAAAAAAAAAGAGGAAAAAGGGGGGGGGGGGAGAAAGAAAGAAAGAAAGAAAGAAAGAAAGAAAGAAAGAAAGAAAGAAAUUCUAUAUUCCUGAUGCGUUCUAUGUCUUUCAGGAGAAUGAUGGCCACAACUCAAAAGGAAAAAUGUAAUUAAGAGAGACAAAUGUAUUUUAAAAAAAGGUCCACUUGUAUUUUAGUAAAUCAAAGAAGAAGAAGCAAAGAAGAGUUUACUAGAAUGUUUCUUUCCUGAAAGACGUGUAUUUUGUUUAGCAUUGACACCAGCUAUUAAUAAACUGAAGCAUAUUUAUUUUGAAAAAGUGGAAACGUCAUAUUUUUGUAGAAUUAACUUUAUUCUGAAAUUAUGCAUCUGUUUAACACCAUAGCUAAUACAGAUGUUCAUACAGAACAACUUCCUUACAGGUAAUUAUA